AUGGCUGGGAACAGCCUGGUCCUGCCCAUCGUGCUGUGGGGCCGCAGGGCCCCCACCCACUGCAUAUCCACCCUGCUGCUCAUGGAGGACGCCUCCGUCAUCGUCACCGGCUGCCACGACGGGCAGAUCUGUCUCUGGGACCUCUCUCUGGAUUUAGAGAUUAAUCCCAGAGCUCUGUUGUUUGGUCAUACAGCCUCAAUUACUUGUUUAUCAAAGGCCUCUGCUUCCAGUGAAAAGCAGUAUAUAGUGAGUGCCUCAGAGAGCGGGGAGAUGUGUCUAUGGGACGUGAAUGAUGGGAGAUGCAUAGAGUUUACUAAACUAGCCUGUACACAUACAGGCAUACAGUUCUAUCAGUUUACAGUUGGGACUCAGUGUGAGGGGAGGCUAUUAUGCCAUGGACAUUAUCCAGAAAUUCUUGUUGUGGAUGCUACCAGCCUUGAAGUUCUUUAUUCUUUAUUAUCAAAGAUAUCUCCUGACUGGAUCAGCUCCAUGACUAUCAUUCGGUCCAACAGAACCCAAGAGGAUACUGUUGUAGCAGUUUCGGUGACUGGCAUCCUGAAAGUAUGGAUAAUAACCUCUGAAGUUAGUCGUGUGCAGGACACAACACCAGUGUAUGAAGAGGAGUCGAAGCCUAUUUAUUGCCAGAACUGUCAGAGCAUCUCCUUCUGCGCGUUCACGCAGCGGUCGCUGCUGGUGGUGUGCUCCAAGUACUGGCGGGUUUUCGAUGCCGGAGAUUAUUCCCUCUUAUGUUCAGUCCCUAGUGAGAACGGUCUGACCUGGACUGGUGGUGACUUUGUGUCAGCUGACAAAGUGAUUGUAUGGACUGAAGAUGGCCAAAGUUUCAUAUAUAAAUUACCAGCCAGCUGCCUACCAGCUAGUGAUUCGUUUCGCAGAGACGUGGGGAAAGCAGUAGAAAAUGUUAUUCCACCUUUAUUGUACAGUGUGCUGGACAGAGCAGAGAAACAGCUACUAAUAUGUCCUCCAGUUACUCGAUUCUUCUGUGGGCACAGGGAAUUUUCCUAUAAGCUUUUAAUCCAAGGAGACUCUUCAGGGAAACUGUGCAUUUGGAGUGUGCCUGAUACUCUUGAACAACAAGACAGUGCAAAAGGACUGCAAACAACCACUUCAAUAUCUCUCCAGGAAGCCUUUGAUAAACUUACCCCUCGUCCUGCUGGGAUUAUAGACCAACUGAGCCUAAUACCAAACCUGAAGGAGCCCCUCAAGGUCACGGCCAGCGUGUACAUCCCCGCGCACGGGCGCCUGGUCUGCGGCCGCGAGGACGGCAGCAUCGUCAUUGUGCCGGCCACCCAGACGGCCAUCGUGCAGCUGCUGCAGGGAGAGCACAUGCUCAGGAGGGGUUGGCCACCUCACCGGACUCUCCGAGGCCAUCGAAACAAAAUUACAUGUUUACUGUACCCUCAUCAGGUUUCUUCUCGUUAUGAUCAAAGGUAUUUGAUCUCAGGUGGUGUGGAUUUCUCAGUCAUCAUAUGGGAUAUAUUUUCUGGAGAGAUGAAACAUAUCUUCUGUGUACAUGGUGGAGAAAUUACACAGCUUCUAGUUCCACCAGAAAACUGUAGUGCAAGAGUCCAGCACUGCAUUUGCUCUGUUGCCAGUGAUCACUCCGUGGGGCUUCUGAGCCUGCGGGAGAAGAAAUGCAUCAUGCUGGCAUCCCGUCACCUCUUCCCCAUUCAGGUGAUCAAAUGGAGGCCUUCCGACGACUACCUGGUGGUGGGCUGUUCAGAUGGCUCUGUGUACGUCUGGCAGAUGGACACUGGUAAGCUCAAGUUCAAACAA